AUGCAUAUCGGACGGAAACCUUCCCGGCAUCCGGAGCGCCUGAAAGUCACUGGCCACAUUGUCAACGACCGACCUCGCGAAACCCGACAUUCCCCAGCUAUCCACUUCCGCGGCGAGAACCGGGGUUACCCCUCAGCCCAUAGCUGGUUCCCCCGUCGGUCCUCGCGAAUCAUCCGGCAGGAAACCUCUGGAACAAAGAAACAAACCAGCAUUCCCUCAAUAUUGGCAACAAUCCUCGGAGAGUGUAGCAAUCCCACACGGUGCAACAGCCUUGAUGAUUUCUGCGGCUGUGAAGUGGACAGUGACAAUUCCACUGAUGGGUUUGUCAGACUGGGUUAUGAUGGGGAGGAUGCCUGUGCUUUCGACAAGGACAUAAUGCGCUGGAUUGCACUAUGGCCAGAUUUCCAGAGAAAAAUUCUGAUUGGGAAAGAAGUAAGUUGGAAUGAUCUUAUAAUUGAAGGCUUUUUCUUCGUGUCUUCACUGAUUCUGACGCUUCUUACACUUGCAGAAAACCCUGAGGUAUGUAUUGUGAUUAAACGUGAUGGGUCGCAAUCACUGAGACUCUCCUGCCUUGUCACAGGCUUCUACCCACAGGCCAUCGAUGUAAUGUGGCUGAGAGAUGGUGAAGGGAUCCACGAGUCUGAAUCCAGUGAUUUGUUACCCAAUUGGGAUGGGACUUACCAGCUGAAGAAUACAAUUGAAAUGAGUAGAGAAGAUGUGGCAAAAUCCCCCUGUUACAUCGAACAUACAACUCUGCAGGGAGUCAAUGUUCCACAAGUGGCACUUCAAUGAGUCUGAUCACUUGAAACCAUAAACCUCCUGGACUGAGAUCUCCAGCGCAGUAAGGCAGCAGCUCCAGCGCUACGCCACAGUGCCACCCAUUAUUAAUUUGUGGUUAUCUUAUUGCCCAGAAAUAUUGAUAUUCAAUGGGAUGUAGUUUUAGUUUCAAGAUACAAUGCAGAAUCAGGUCCUUUGGCCCACCAAGUCCGCGUCAACCAGCGAUCCGUGCACAUUUACAUUAUCCUACAUAUUAGGGACAAUUUACAAUUUUACCGAAACCAAUUAACCUAGAAACCUGUGCGUCUUUGGAAUGUGGGGGAGAAAAAAGCACCCGGAAAAACUCACGCCAUCAUGGGGAGAAGGUACAAACUCCGUACAGACAGCACCCGUAGUCAGGAUUGAACCCAGGGUUCUGGCGCUGUGAUGCAGCAAAUCUGUCGCUGUGCGGAUACAGGUGCAAACAAUUAUGACGGGCGUAAAUGUAGUAAAUACUGGAAACGAUCUACGGAGGGGUUUUGCAGAGCAAGUCCAUAGCUCCAUGUAGGUGUCAACACAGGCAGAUAUAGUGAUUAAUAAGGUGUAUAGUGUGCAUGCCUUCAUCGGUGGAGACAUUGAACAUAAGAGUCAAGUUGUCGCUUUAUAGAACUGUGGUCAGGCGGCAUUUGGACUACUUCAUGUAGUUCUGGUCGCUCCAUUACAGGCUGGAUUUAAAGGCUCAGGAGACUGGUGCAGCAGUGGUUCAGAGGAGAAUACCUGAAUUCGGGAGUAGGAGAGGUUUGACAAACAUGGACUGAUUUCUCUGAAGCAUCAAAGGUUAAAGGGAAAACGUAUAGAAGUACAGAAAAAUAAGAGAGAACUAGAUAGGGUCGACAGUUAGGUUUUGUUUCCCCGCAGGGUGGAAAUGUCAAAGAUUAAAGGGCACAGCUUUAAGGUCAGACGGAGCUAUUUUAAAGGAAGUGUGCAUGGCAACAUUUUGUUUGCACAGAAAGCGGCGAGUGCCUGGAACGUGUUGACGGAGAUGGUGGUGUGGAGAGAUAGUGCUGUUUAAGAAUGUGUUGAUAGACGGAGGGAUAUGUUGGGAUAUGGAAGAAUAUGGAGGAAUAUGGAUGGAUAGGGAGGGAAAAUAACCACAUAGGGUCUGAGGAUAUUACUUUAACGUGGCAUCAUGUUCGACACAGACAUUGCUGGCACAGGUGCCCGUCCUUGUACUAUAUUCGAUACUUUCAAACAUGCCAGUUGUAUCUAAGACUAGAUUAUAUGGGUUUAGGGCAAGAUAGGUGGUUUAAAGGAGAUCUGAAGAACAAUUAAUGCCACAGAGGCUGAUUGUAAUCUGGAACAUAUUGGCUGUCCGGAUUGUGGAGGCAGAAAUUCUCACAAUGUUUAAGAACUAUCUGGACAAUCAAUUCAAGCCAUAGUCUAUAGAAGAUUACUCGCCAAGUGCUGGUGAAUGGGAUCAAUGUAGAUGGGUAUUUGAUUUGACUGCAAAGAGAAGGUGGACCGAAGGGUCUGUUUCUGUCUCCAUGGCUCUAUAACUGCGUGACUGACUCCAUUUCAGUGCGGGCGAUCCACUUUAGCCAGAACCCGUGAAACACCGACUGAACUCAAUUGGGUCGUUUAAUUAAUGAAUAUCGAAGAUCGGCUUCCAUUUAGAUUUCCUCCGAAUAGUGUUCCGCAUUUAAAGUUAGCGGAUCAAAAUCUGCUAGUACUAUGCAUAAACAUAAUCGAACCAAACUCCAGUACUAUAGAGAACACGAACGGAAAGGGUGUGACAAUUUAUUUCAAGAGUGCCAGGGAUGUAAUGCUGAGGCUCUUCAGGCGCAGAUAAGGCUGCAUUUGGAAUAUUGUGAGCAAUUCUGAGCUCCCUAUCGGAGCUCUGGAUUGCGUCCAGGAGGCGUUGAUAAAAGUGGACCAGCACUCGCUUGGGU